AGCGAGCCUCAGGAGAAGCCGGAAGUGGCGUAACGUCCGGUCAGGGCCGCCAUCUCGCCGUGAGACAGCAGGAGCGCGGGCCGCAGUUGCGGACGCUUCAGUGCGAUGUUGUCCUCCACGGCCAUGUAUUCGGGUCCCGCCGGAGACCUGGGGAUGGAGCCGCACAGAGCUGCGGGCCCUCUGCAGCUACGAUUUUCGCCCUACGCUUUCAACGGAGGUACUGUACUGGCAAUUGCUGGAGAAGACUUUUCAAUUGUUGCUUCGGAUACUCGAUUGAGUGAAGGGUUUUCAAUUCAUACCCGGGAUAGCCCCAAAUGUUACAAAUUAACAGACAAAACAGUCAUUGGAUGCAGCGGUUUUCAUGGAGACUGUCUUACCCUGACAAAGAUUAUUGAAGCAAGACUAAAGAUGUAUAAGCAUUCCAAUAAUAAGGCCAUGACUACGGGGGCAAUUGCUGCAAUGCUGUCUACGAUCCUGUAUUCAAGGCGCUUCUUUCCAUACUAUGUUUACAACAUUAUUGGUGGACUUGAUGAAGAAGGAAAGGGGGCUGUAUACAGCUUUGACCCAGUAGGGUCUUACCAGAGAGACUCCUUCAAGGCUGGAGGCUCAGCAAGUGCCAUGCUACAGCCCCUGCUUGACAACCAGGUUGGUUUUAAGAACAUGCAGAAUGUGGAGCAUGUCCCACUGUCUUUGGACAGAGCCAUGCGGCUGGUGAAAGAUGUCUUCAUUUCUGCGGCUGAGAGAGACGUGUACACUGGGGAUGCACUCCGAAUCUGCAUAGUGACCAAAGAGGGCAUCAGGGAGGAGACUGUUCCCUUAAGGAAGGACUGAUCUGUGUACUGUUACCACUAAUCAGUCCAGACCUGGUUGAUUUUGUACUUUGGAACUGUACUUUGGAUGGUUUUGUUUAUUAAAAGAGAAACCUGUAGUAUUCA